AUGGAUACAUUGCAGGUGAGGCAAAUUAAUCUUCAGCACAGUCAGUCAGCCACCGGGGAACUGGUGAAGCUACUGACAGGUAAGACUGGAGAAUUAAUUUUAAUCCAGGAACCCUAUGUUUACAGGAAUCGAGUAGUGGGGCUAGGCAGUACCGGCUACAAUUGCAUAGUCGGGAAGGAGGAUGGAGCCGAGCCACCUCGGACCUGCAUAAUGGCGUCCAAGGAACUCCGAAUGGUAUCACUACCACAACUGGGGACCAGGGAUGCCACUGCAGCCAUCCUCGAAUAUAAGGUAAGUGGAAUUAGGCGUAAGGUCAUAGUUAGUAGCAUAUACCUCCCUUAUGAUACUGGUAGACUACCGCCUACUAAAGAGUUAGAAAAUAUAGUUAAUUUUGCUAAGAAUAAAGGUCUGCCUGUAAUGAUUGGGUGUGAUGCAAAUGCUCACCACACGGUAUGGGGCAGCGGGGAUGUUAACUCCCGUGGGGAGGCGUUGCUGGAAUAUAUAGCAACCACAGACCUGCAGGUCAUGAAUAGGGGAAAGGAGCCGACUUUUGUGAACCGCAUCCGGAAAGAUGUGAUUGACAUUACGUUGGCUUCUCAAAGUAUUAUAGAAGGGAUUUCUGGAUGGAGGGUCACGGGCUGCAUCUCGAUGUCCGAUCACAGGAUGAUCGCUUUCGAGAUGAAGUCGGAUUCGGAAACGAUAACUCUCCGACGAAAUCCAAGGGCAACAAACUGGGAGGUAUAUCGUUGUAACCUAGGGAGCUCCCUAGAAGCGAGCAACCGGGGUGAACGAAUAACCUCCACAAGGCAGUUAGACAACGAAGUAGAAACCUUAAGCAGUUGCAUCGUCUCGGCAUAUGAGGAGGCUUGCCCUCUCAGGGCGGCAGGUGGGCGCAAGGUCCGCUGGUGGAAUAAGACCCUAGAGGGUCUCCGCCAGACGGCCAGGCGUGUCUUUAACCGAGCUGUCAGGGAAGGGGAAGGGACCUCUUGGGACGAUUACAAAACUGCAAGGAGAGAGUUUAAGAAGGAACUUAGGCGUAGCAAGAGAUCUGGCUGGAAGGCAUACUGCAACCAGCUGGAGUCCCUGCCGGAGACAGCCAGAUUAAUGAAGAUCUUAAGCUGCGACAAAAGGGAGAAAUUAGAAUCAUUAAAGAGGGAAGAUGGGACUUGGACCACUUCUAGCGAGGAGUGUUUAGAACUUCUGCUGGAAACUCACUUUUCAUGUGGAGGCCAUGUCGUCGAGGGAACCAGGGCGGAGCCAAUGCCACAAGCAGAUUGGCUCCUGGCAGAGGAGCUCAUUGGCGACGAGGCAGUAACCUGGGCAGUGAAUGAGUUCGAACCCUACAAGGCAGCCAGACGGAGUUUUCCCGUCGUUUUUGCAGAGGGGCCUGUACAUUCUCUUGCCAUGUAUGGUGAGGGUCUUCCGGGCCAGUCUGGCGAUGGGCUACGUCCCACAGGCUUGGAGGUCAGCCAAGGUGGUCUUCAUCCCCAAGGCUGGAAAGGAAGACUACACUGCGGCGAAGUCUUUUAG